UCGCCCUUCGCGCAGCUCGGGCGCUCCCCGGUCGCCGGUAUUAGAGGCGGUGUGGGACUCCGUGUCCAGUGAUGGAAGAGCUGAGUACGGCUAUCCGUGCCCUGUCAGACAGGUUCACUGUGAUUGAGGCGUCAGUGAGUGCAAUCAACGACCGCCUUGAGGAGCCCAACGCCGGUCGUCGGCACGUGGCUCAACCAGAACAGGCUAUUGAGCCGACUGAACCCGUGAGUACAGAGGGGUUCGAUUUUGGAUCCUACAGUGAUCUCCAGGCAGAACUAAAGACUGUUCGUGAAGGAGUGGCCAAGAUCAAGUUACCGCAGGACUUGGUCGUUGGAGAUUCCCGCGCCGGCGUGGGGAAGAACGACCUGCCGCGUUUUCAAGUGAUUCAAAGGUGCGCGAGGUUCCAGGAAACCGUUCUUAAGGUUUUGUCAACCGCUUCUGCUACGGAUCCUGUGAUAAACCAACUCACUAUAGUCGCGUUAGCCCAAACCCGUUACUUACAAGAAGAAUAUACCAACUUGCUUGUCUCAAAUCAGUUCGACGAUACGACCGCUCAGCUUUUCAAGACUCUGCAACAAAACCCGGCGGCUUUCCCACCGGGCGCGGUGGAAAACCUUCAGCGGGCGGUGACGAUCGCCGGGGCGCGGCAGCAGUCACGCCAGGUCAGUCACGUGCCCGACCGUGCCCGCUGGCGCGGUCCGCCGCCGGCGGCCGCGCGGUUCGGCGCGGGCCCAGCGUCGGCUGAUUGGAGGAGCCGCGGUCGACCCGGCCCGGGCUACCCGCAGCCGUCACGUGACCUGUCCCGGCCCGGUCAGCUGCAGCACGGAGCGGGGCCGGGGCCGCACGCCGCUGAGUGACGGGAACCAUGGUGCUUCGGCCGGCGGCCUGGUCGGAGAUCGGCGCGUCUGAUGUGAUCGAGCCACAAUAUCGCAAGUAUUUAGGGUUUCAGUACGGUGGUUCUUGGUGGGUGUGGUGCUGCUUACCUUUUGGGUUACAAUGCUCUCCGUUUUAUUUUCACAAAUGUAUUCGUGCCGUUGUUAAAUAUUUGCGUGAUGUCAAAUCAUUGUCACUCAUGGCCUAUGUUGACGAUUUUUAUUUAUGCUCCACAAAAGCAAGCAUUGAUCGAGACCUUGGUGUGUUGUUAGAGACGCUCAGUACCUUAGGUCUCGCUGUGAAUUUUGAAAAGUCACAUCUCACGCCCUCGGAGUCGGUAACUUAUUUAGGCUUUGAAAUUCGCUGUGCUACCGCUUUGAGCCCUCCUGUGAUUACGGUUCCUAAGUGUAAAGUUCGAAAGUUGAAGCAAGACAUUUCGAGGGCGCUGAAGCGUAGUUUCAUUUCGGCUCGUUUGCUAGCUCGGAUCGCUGGCCGGUGCAUCAGCAUGCUGGCGGCAGUCUUUCCGGCAAAGCUGAAAUUGAGGAAUGUGUACCGUCUCCUCAAUUCCAGGUCAUCCUGGGAGGCUCGGCUCCUGUGGUCGCCAGGAGCGAGAGAGGACCUGUUGUGGUGGGUGUCCUCCCUCGACGGCUGGAACGGCAGGCUGCUGGUGCCGCCGCCUGUCUGCGAGCUGCAGCUCUCCACCGACGCGUCGGGCUCCGGCUGGGGGGCCGUUCUCUCCACGCCCAGCUGUCAGCUGGCGUCCGGAUUCUGGGAUCAGCUGGUGAGCAGACAGUCGGCGAAUUAUCGAGAGCUAUUAGCGGUUUAUUUUGCUCUUCGCUCGUUCCGUUUUUCGAUAGUUGGAAAAACAGUAGAAGUUCUGUCGGACAAUGUUACUACAGUCGCUCAUAUAAACAAAUUCGGUUCAUCCAAUGUUAGCUUAGAUAGCAUCGCACAGAACAUCUGGUCGUUUGCUUUUGACAAUAACGUUUCGCUGGUAGCGCAUCACAUUGCGGGUGUCUCGAACACGGGCCCCGACACCCUGUCUCGUAUGUCGGCGCGUCAUGAGUGGGUGUUGCACCCGUCCAUCUUUCGACAGCUGGACCGGAUGUUCGGGCCGCACACGGUGGACCGCUUCGCGGCGGUUGGCACGGCCCUGUUGCCUACCUACAACAGUCGGUUCGCGGACCCAUGCUCGUCAGGAGUGGACGCGCUGGGACAGACGGACUGGGGCGCCGAGAACAAUUGGGUAAACCCGCCGUUUCGCCUGAUCCCGAGGGUUCUCGACAUCAUCGAGGCGCAACGUGCCGACGCGACGCUGAUCGCGCCGAUGUGGCCAGGCCAGCCGUGGAUGGCACGCCUCCGACGGCUGUGCACGGCACCGCCGAUCCGGCUGCCGCCGGUAACACGUUCGUGUCUCCCUCUAUCGGAGCAGCAGCGGAUCGAGCCACAUCAGAACCGCAGGUGGACGCUGUGCGCCUGGAGAAUCUCUGGUGCACACGGCUAGAGGCACGAGGAUGGUCGCGAGCCGCUAGCAACUAUUUACGGGUGAGCUUGGCGAGCAGCACACUCGCAACGUAUGACCGAUACAUUCGUGAUUUCUUUGUUUUCUGCGGUGCUCGUGGAGUAUCGUUUCCGCCAGAUGAUUCCGCUGUGCUGGCUGAUUUCUUCAUGCACCGGUGCGGGUCGUCGGACCGGCCGCACUCCACCGUUCGGUGUGUUUCUGCGGCCAUUUCAGCUUUGUAUGAAGCGUUCGGAGCGGAUAACCCUGCUAGGGAUCCGUUCAUUGUGAGACUCCUGCAGGCCAUCGUUAAAGGGGGCACGCGCGCCCCGAUGGUUCGAUCUGCAAUCAUGGAUGUUUCGGCGUUCGUCCGCAUGUUUCAGUCUUGGCCAGACAGUGCAGAACUGUCUACCAAACAGCUACGGCUGAAAACCAUUACUUUGUUAUCGCUAGCUUUAAUGCUGAGGCCGUCUGACGUCGCGCCACUGGCUAAGAGGUACGAGUCCAGUACCGGUGUUAUCUCUGAUUUUGUUAUGUCAACGGACCAAUUUCAGUUUAACGCGGACGGUUCUCUCGGUGUGACCUUUCUCGGCGUCAAAAAUGACAGCCAGCGUACGGGCUUCCAAGUUACUUUGCCCCCCAGUCCUGAUAGCAAGUUAAAUCCUGUGGAAGCACUCAGGAUUUAUCUGGCUCGUACGGAAUCGGUGCGUUGUCCGACUACUAAACCGGCGUUUUUAACUCUCGUUAGGCCUUUCAAGGCUAUAUCUGCUAGCACAGUCGCUGAACUUCUGCAACAGGCCAUCACUGCCGCCGAAAAGUUUGGCCUGCCGACUGGCCAUCGGCCGAAAGAUUUUCGGCCGACAGGGGCUACUCGGGCGGUUCAAUUAGGCUUUGACACUGAUGAUGUACAACGUCUUGGCCGCUGGAAAACACGGUCAGUCUUUUUGGAGCAUUACGUGCACAACGCGAUUCAAAGCUCGUACACGGAGCAAAUGCUCAAGUGAUCGUGUCAGUCUGAUCAGUCGUGUGUGUGUUCGUCCUUCUAGAGCCAGGCACUUG